AUGAUAUCUUCUACAUUCAUUGCUCCAGCUAGUAUAUCAGCCACUUCUCGACUGUGCUUUGGAGUAAGAGCGUAUUCAACAAAACCUGAAAAGACCUCUCUCCAGAAAUACUUGCAUGAUCCUGUUAAGGUGACUGUGAUACCAAUAACGAACAAAGAAUCUUUUAUUUACUAUAAACAUACCGAUAAUCUCUUUAAUAGCCAGUCUAAAAUACUUAAGACAGAAAAAUGGAUUGUCGAGAAAUCAGCGAAGCUUUGGAGAAAGCUGAAAAAGUCUCCUAAAUCAUACAAUAAAAAGAUAGUUUCCAUGGUCCAAUCUUUGCUGAAUAGCACGCCAUGGUCUGAAAAUAGUUUACUCACCAUACCAAGCGAAAGCUAUAUCUUGAAGAGAGUUAAGGGCGAAACGGAUAAGGCCCAAGAGAUUCGACUCACACUGAAAGAUUAUACAGUAAAAGCAGAACAGGUAGAUACUCAACCUUUGCACGUUUAUUACCCUUCCGAAAUUUCCAAUCCUGAUGAAUGCUUGAAGCAAAUGAAAAAGCUCUAUCAAGAGGGCUUGAUUUAUCAUAAAAAAUGGACAUUGUAUUGCAUUUUGGGGCUCCCGCUGACUAUCCCAUUAAUUUUGAUACCACUCAUACCAAAUGUUCCCGGAUUCUACCUAUCUUACAGAGCUUAUGUUAACAUAAAGGCCUACCUUGGUGCCAAACACUUGAAAAGCUUACUGGAAAGCUCGCAACAGAACUUAGAAUUCAGGGAGUUGUUAGGAUAUACAGAAGUAUAUAAACGUGGUAACAGUAGCCAUCCGCAGGGCACACAAGAAGAACCUAAUGGUGAAUCAGAGUUAUUGCUCAACAAAAAAACUCUACCUUUGAUCCUGGAUUUUUUGAAGGUUCACGAAUUGGAAAGCGACUUGAACAAAGUCAUCCUUCAAAAAUCGAAACCUCAAGAAGAGAUCAAAAGGUAA